AUGACAACCGUCACUCCGCAUGCAGAAUCAGAGCUGACAAUCACUUCGAAAGUUUCGCCCCAAUUAUUCUCAAGUUCCAAUGAAAACUCAAAUCAAGUACAUUCAUUACCUAUCAAUUCACAUCGUCCUCAUUCACCUUCAUCUUCACAGGCGUUAACAUCUUGUGUUGAUCCUCUAACUCAAAGUUAUUCUUCUAUACGUAGUAUUCAUUCAGAUUCUAGUCUUAAUCCAUCUUUAAUCAAUACCAAAGCACCAUCUUCAAAUCCAAAUCCGGGCACAACAUCACUUAAUUCUUCUCUUCACUUGCAACGCAAUACACCUUCGUCGAACACUAAUCAAUCUCAGCGAAGUCGAACCGGUCAGCAUCGCCGAAAUCUAAAUGGCCGCGCUACCAUUCAUCGAGAUCGUAAGAAUUCCUUUACAAAGUCGAAUACAAAUAAACUUGAUGAGCAGUCAACAACAAACAGUUGUACUCGCAUUGAAUAUCAACAUUUAUUUCCUGUGAUUGGUCAUGGAUUCACAAUUGGAAAAGGAUAUUCAAUAUUUGAUUUACCUGAUUUACAAGGUCGUAUUGUUAUACGACGAAAUCCAUGUGGAAAUGAAACAGAUUAUGCUUCGAAAGUGAGUAUUAGAGAUGGUCAAGCAAAACAUAUUCUAAUAAUAGAUGAUAGUUCAUCGUUCUCACUUCGUUUAUAUCGAACAUUAGAUUAUAUUAUUUUUAAUGGACAGCAAAAUAGCAAUACCCGACAAUUCACGCAACAAAUCUGUUGUUGUUCGUCUAAAGCCACUUUAUGGAUUUCAUCGUUCUUAUUCAACUCUUGA